AGUACAUUAAUCAAACCAGGAACAUCAGACAGUUUCAUCCAACGGCAAUGGCGUCGCCGUCGAUUCCAAAAUUCCAAACAACCAGAUUCCUGAGUUUCGGGAAGGCUCUGGACAUUGCUUCUUCUCGAUUUCGAUUCCAUGCAGAUAACUCUCGUCGAUUCUCCGUUUCCCUUCUUCAUCUAAACUCUGUUGUUCUUCCUCUUCUCCCUUUCCGCCAUCGUCCAUUCUCUCUCUCUCAUCUGCAUCUUCGUCCUCUUCCCUGGCUUCCCUCGUCUCCUCCUCUGUCCUCCAUGACCACUCAUGCCGGAGACGAGCUUUCCCGUCAGUCCGAUUCCUCCAAAACGGUGAGGGUUGUGAUAAAGGGUAGAGUUCAAGGAGUGUUCUACAGGGACUGGACAGUGGAGAAUGCAAAGCAGCUAGGGCUUAAGGGAUGGGUCAGGAACCGUAGGGACGGUUCGGUGGAAGCUCUCUUCAGCGGUUCACCGGAGAUUGUCGACGAGAUGCAGCAGAGGUGCCGCCGUGGCCCUCCUGCUGCCUUUGUCACCGGAUUGGAUGUUUUCCCGUCUAAUGAUGAUCCCGGAACAGGUUUUGAACGACGAUCAACUGCCUGAUUCUCUUUUAUCAUCUCGGGUUGGGUGUUUUCCCGUCUAAUGAUGAUCCCGAAACAGGUUUUGAACGAGGUCUGAUUCUCUCAUAUCAUCUCGAUUUUCGGUUUUCUCUGUUGAACUGAUAUGUUUCUCCUUUGGCAAUGUUAUAAACUGAUGAUGCCAAUUCCGGAGCUAGAUUAACCAGUCUUGGUUAUAUUUA